UCUUCGUGGUAGCAGGAACUAAUUCCCCUUCGGGUCACCGGAGACCUGAGGCAGAAAUUUCAUGGAGCAGAGUUCCCUGAAACCCUUGGGAAAGGGGGCAUCACCCCAACUUAGAAACCCCCUGUUAGCUCAAAAGCGGGGUUCGAUUUAAACUAGGGCUUUGGCCUCAUGACCCCAAUCAAACCCCGCCCCUUCCUGGUUGUCUUAGCGACGACGGUGGCGUCCCAAGAUGGCGUCGUGGCUGCCGGAGACUCUGUUCGAAAUUGUAGGACAAGGCCCAGCGCCGUGCAAAGACUAUUACCAGUUAUUGGUCACCCGAUCCCAGGUCAUCUUUAGAUGGUGGAAGGUUUCUCUGAGGAGUGAGUAUCGAUCAUCAAAACCUGGGGAAACGAAAGAAUCUCAUGAAGACUUCCUGGAGAAUUCACAUCUUCAGGUUCAAAUUGCCUUAAUAUUUGGUGGAAGAAUAUUGGACUACGUCCUCAAUUUGUGCGAAGGUAGAUUUGACUUCCUCGAGCGGCUCUCAGACAGUUUGCUGCUGAAUAUAAUUUCUUAUCUGGAUCUCGAAGAUCUUACCAACCUUUCUCAAACAUCACGCAGAUUUUCAAAGCUGUGCAGGUCUGACCAGCUGUGGGAGCUGAUAGUUCGGUCUGCCUGUGACAACCUCACCCCCGACUUGAGGGCCCUGGCCGAGGAGAUGGGCUGGCGGCAGAUGUUCUUCACCAACAAGCUGCAGCUCCAGCGACAGAUCCGCAAGAGGAGACAAAGACAAGAGAGCCAGGGCGGCAGUGGGCUUUAGGGACACGGUUUUUUCCUGCAGGGGCAUUGAGGCAUGGUUGUGUUUUUCUGCUGUGUCCAAAUCUUCCCUGUUUCAUUAAGGACUGAGAGGUGUUGCUGGUUUAAGGAGCCAUCUGAAAAGCCCAGAGUGUUUGCUCACAGACACAGCAAAGCCAACUCUGCGGGGCUUUGCCUGACCACGCAGCGAAUCGGUCAAAUCUGUCGGUCAAAUCUGUCGACUCAGCCCCCGCUGCCCAAGGACUGCAGGACAGGAAGCCCCGCCCUCAAUGACUUCCCCAUCUCCCCCUCCACAUCCACAGGAAAAGAGGCUUCUGCUGUAUAGAAGCAAACAAUAAAUGAUUCUUAGCAGGCUUUUAUUACAUAUCAUACUAUCUAGGCAUUGGAAAAGGAAACCGAGCUUUUGAAUUCUUUUCCUGGUCAUCUGAGUUCAUCCACGGAGCCCGUGGCCACGUGUGUCCACAGGGAGCUGUGAGGGGCAGUGGCCUCGGGAGGCGUCCCGGUGAGCGCAGCUGCCUUCCCCACUCUGUGCCUCUGAGUGUGCGUUCAGGGCCUGACCUGUGGGCCUGGGGUGCCAGGUGUCACCCCCCUGGGGCAGAGACAGCUCUGCCCUGGCCCUGGGGCACCGCUGGAGACCAGGUCAGGCUUACCCUCCGGGGACUGCACAUUGCCACGGAAACCUGUAAGUGUUCUUAGAGGCGCAUGUUCCCCAAAGGAAAGGGAACAGUUACCACUUUCGCAAUGGGUUUGAAGAACACAGGCUCUGGGUAAGUGAGUAAAAACCUAAGUAUGGUUUGUGCUCUGUUAACUUGGCAGAGGGGUGGAACAGUAGAGUCUUGGGGGAGGAAAGGCUGCGUCCCUGAGAUGGGUUAUUUAAAAAUGGUUUUCUUCCUGCGCUGUCCUGACGGUGGGGUCCCCCAGACAACAAGCUUGUAGCAGCAGGUAGUGACUCAUGACUCCUCUCAGGCCAGAGAGGAAAGCAGCUCUCAACCUCCCAUCCCCUUGUGCGCCUUCUCACCCCUUCUUUCCUGUAGCCUCCAUUUUGCUCCCUAGAAAAGAGGGACGUACCCAGCCCCACCCCUGCUCCAUGCCAGAGAGACUCCAGUGGUGCAGUGGCACCGCCCUCCUGGUGCAGAGAGGUGCACCCUGGCUGCCCUCCGCCCUAAAUCCUUCCAGGACGGUUCCAUAGCCACGGCUCAGUGACAGACUGUUUUCUUUACUGAACCUGUGCUCACAGCAGACCGGCCCCAUUCACCCACCCUAACACCUGGUCUUAGAUUUCCAGGGACAUCUGUGACAUCAAAUGUAGGCUGCUUCCUUGUACGUAAGGAGCCUGUCAAAGUUGUGUUUGUAUUGGGUCCAAGCACAGAACAAAGAGCUCAUUGAUGACAGACCCAGGCCUCGUUCCCAGUCCCAGAGUGAUUCCGCCAGGCGCAGGGUGACUGGCAGGCGGGCAGAGGGCCCUGCUCUAUGGCUCCUGCUGCCCAUUUCUCUGUGAAGUUCCCGGCCUCACUCGGGGCCACGUUUUCGGUGAUGGAGCGCAGGUUAAUGCAAUGUGUGUGCAGCAGUUCGUGGAAGCGCAACUUGGUACGUCAUCAUAACCGUAUAUUAUAAAACUGCCCAUCGCUUGCAGCAUCUGGGCAAAGUGCCAGCAGCAUCCCAACUUCAUACACUGGGUUUUGUCACCUAACAGAUUCUGAAAGCUAUGGGCCUCUCACUCACCUGGAUUCAACAGGAACCAGUGAGGACACAGAAAUGGCCAUUUAAAAACUUUUAGUGUGAAGAGAUAGUGAAGCCAUAUAUCCUGGAUAUUGUUUUCUCGUUUUGCAUAUGAAUCUAUCUUUUAAAAAAGUCACAUAGCCCCGGCUGGUGUAGCUCAGUGGAUUGAGCGCGGGCCUGUGAACCAGACAAUUGCGGUUCGAUUCCCAAUCAGGGCACAUACUGGGGUUGCAGGCCAGUUCCCAGCAGGGGACGCAUGAAAGGCAACCAUACAUUGAUGUUUCUCUCCCUCUCUCCUUCCUUUCCCCUCUAAAGAUAAAUAAAAUCUUAAA